GCAAGAUUCUAUACGCAGAGAGCACAGCCUCUUGUCACCGCAAUGAGCUGGAAUUGGCGGCGCAAUCGCAUUGCGGCGAGAACAGAAGACUCGGAGAGUAGUCCGAUGUGUUCUCUGCAUCCGAGCAUCUAUGCAUAUAAAGAGGAUGCAAUGUCUCCAAGGACCAAGGAAACAUAUAUCCUCAGUCGACUUCAAAACGACCUUAUAAACAACAGGCGGAGAGAACGGUGAACAACACAUCUCCAUCGCUCCGGAAAGCCUUCAAGAUGCGUCCCCAAGCGUUGCUCGUCUUCUCGGGUCUCUGCUUUACACACUCUGCCCUUACCAGAGCCAUCGUGCGUGAAUCAUGCACACCAUCUGCACCUUUCGUCGCCGACAUCCGUGCUGACACCAACCGCGAUGGCAAGGUCGACAUUGUCGGAUCUUCGGACUGCGAUGGCAAGAACGAGUGGACCGCCAACUCUGGCGCCAUCUUCCUCCCCAACAUUGGGGAUACGGACAGGCGUUGUUCCAAUGCCCUCCUGAAUGGCCCUUCAGUCAGCAACGAGGAGCUCGACGACUGCAACGAUGCUUCUGAUAACACGAUGCGCUCCGAGCAGUUCCUCGCUCCGCUCCUCACCGUCCCCAUUCCUGAGCUUCCUGACGACACUCUCGGCCGUGUCUCCAUCAAAGACCCCGUGCAGCGCAAGAAUGUCCGCAUCUUCCACAAGGCGAACGCCAACGGCACCUGGGUUUUCGUCGAAGGGAAUUCAACCUUCAAUGCCGCCGCCCUCCGCGAGGGUCUCGUCCUUGGUAUUGAUGGACGUGACACCCGUCGUCCUGAUGGCUGGGACGGUCGCGUCACUGUUAGUUUUGACGUCGAGAGCUCCAAGGGCUCUUCGUCCGACGCCGUCAUGCUGCGUGUCGCGCCUGUCCUCACCCACUCCCACCUCGACGCUGUGCAGCAGGUUCUCGCUGUCCAGGGCAACGAGACCAGUGCCCCCUGGCUUCUCCGCUUCACCAAGGACCUCCAAUCAGCGGUCACCAUGUCUGGCCUACAAGAGGCAGUCUACCUCUUCUCCGGCAGCGAUGACAUCUGGGCCCAGGACUUCAUGGAGCCUGGCUUCGCUUCAAUGCCCGGUCCUGACGGACCCAUCACUCUGCGUGUCAUGAUUCGAUCUCCCCAGGAUGAGCGUGUCGCCGGAAGGCAACUCUUUGAGUACUACCGCGGCACAGGCAUUGGUGCGGUACAGCAGCUCGGCGGUUCCCGCCACGAGAUCAACUCCGGCGGUAAUAUCGAGACCAUUCCUCCCUACGAGUUCAACGGCACUUCCUGGCCCGCUGGACGUAUAAUACUUGGCAACCAUGGUGAGCAGAAGCACUUCAUGCUUCCUUUCUUCCAGGCUCAGGAAACCCAAGAACCCCUCCUCCUCGAUACCGACUGGCUGGCUAUCGGCCACGUGGACGAGUUCCUCCAGUUCAUGCCUGCCAACUCGUCCCGUGGCUGGGUUAUUAUGGCUGAUGACUCCAUGGCGGGCGUCCAGUUGCUCCAACAGCUCAAAGACAGUAGACACGGCUCGGAGCGCGCCUUCUCACGCAAGAACAACACCGAGUUAUUUUCCGACUGUAACGGCCCAAGCUGCGCUGCUAUCCCCGUCAAGCCCACCACCAUCGACGACUUGCUUGCCGACGAGGACCUCAUGUCUGUGCAAAAGCGCUGCGCCGAGCGCAUCGAGGCCAACCUGCAAAUCCUAAAGGAUGCCACGGGGGUUACUGAGGCUGAGAUCAUCCGCCUGCCGGCCAUGUUCAGCUUCCCUGAUAUUGAUUUCCCUGGCGGAAACUUCUCCAUCAAUGCCACAAAUGCUUUGUCCGAGCUUGGUCUCGAAUACGGAUCGGGCGAGCUCAAAGUCGGCGCGCUCUUCCCCGGUGUUAUCAACGGCCUCGUCAUGACCGGCUUCAACACGUACAUUGCCCCCAACCCCUGGGGCCCUAUUGUCAACGGUACCGAUAUCCUUGCCGAGAAACUCAAGUCGCUAUACGCCAGUAUCAACAUGAACGUCAUCUUCGUCGACGACUGGAACACUCAUCAUAAUUACCUCGGCUCCGGGUACGGCGGCGAGGUCCACUGUGGCACCAACUCUGUGCGUGACAUGGACAGGAAGUGGUACUAAUCUUACCCACCGCUGUAAAAGAGGAUGAAUGUUCUGCCAAUGUAGGUGACCUUGUUGUUAAGCCAAAAAUCAGCGCACCAGCUAGCAGGUUGAGGAUUCGAAUACUAUUUUAGAUUUAACUACUCCGUAGAUAUUUAGAUAAAAUAAAGAGGGAACUAUAAGCGCAAUGUGCAACUUU